AUGGAAAUGCCCGGCCCGGGGGUGGUGAGGAACUUGUGCUUCCGGAUAAGCAUCGUGGGGGCAGCGAACAGCGGCAAGUCGUCCCUUCACAACCGACUUAUGAAGCAACUGAGCGCCAAGUACAAACAAUCGCUAGUACACCAUGAGCCAAAUUACUCAAUUAACACAAAUGAAAGUUCAUUUCGAAUUGAAAAUACAAAAUGUUUAAUGACCGACACACUAGGGAUGAAUGAACACAUGAUGAGGAAGUUACAAAUGUAUUAUAAGCAGAGCAACUACGAACGCCAUCACGAGUGUAACAAUAUUAUUAAUGAAUAUUUUCACCUCAUCCGCAGCAGCCACUUAAUUCUUUUUUGUAUAAAGUAUUCGCAAGUUCGAGAGUGCGAUAUCUUAGCGUAUAAAAUUGUUAAGGACAUUUUCACUUCAGGAGAAAAUGUGAUUACCGUCCUGUUUAACGAGGGUGUUGUGGGGAAUGGCGGCAGGGGGGGGGUUCAAACAAGCGAUUAUAAGUAUAAUUUUUUACACGCCUUUGAGUAUUUCAGCAACGUUGUUUUUUUUCCACAUCGGUUGGUGUGGCAAGAGGAGGGAGAGGACUUGGUGCAGCUCCUACGGCGGAAGGUUAGGGAGGAAGCGGAUCGCCACGUGCGUCACCACGUCGCUGCUGAGGGGGCGCUAAGUGGAGAAGCCCAGACGGACGGCAGCGUUAUGGCGGACCGCUCUACAGUGGAGCAGAGCGCGUGUGAACCUGUGGAAGACUCCCCACAUGACCAAGUGCGGGACCUUGUGGACGAGAGUCUGCGCAUUUUCCGCCCCAAACUCAGUGAAGAAACGAGGAAUUUUUUUUAUAAACAUGUGGACCUCAGGAAAAAGGACAAGUCGGACGAGCACCUCUUUAACGAUUUCCUGAGCGAAAAAAUUUUAGGCAAAUCGCUUAACAAGCUGACCAGGCAGGAGCUGCUCGCGCGGGGGGCCCACCAGGAAGUGGUAACAGAAGCGGAAGCAGAGGCGGGAGCGGAAACAGAAGCGGGAGCGGACAAAGAGACGAAGGCAGAUGACGACACCCCGCUGAGCGACUACUUUAACAAAAUACAGGGCGACUUCGAGCAGAAAAGGAGAGUCGCCGCGAAGGUGAAGAACAAGCGAAUGCGGCUUUUGCAGGCCAUCGUGGGCGGACAGAAGGGGGUCAACCCUUACGAAUUGUUGAAGCGCACUGGCAUGGGGGAAGCCACCCCAGUUAAAGAAGCCAACCCAGUUAAAGAAGCCACCCCAGUUAAAGAAGCUACCCCUGUUAAAGAAGCAACCCCUGUUAAAGAAGCAACCCCUGUUAAAGAAGCAACCCCUGUUAAAGAAGCAACCCCUGUUAAAGAAGCAACCCCUGUCUGCGUGCUGGGCGAAAGGAACUGCGGGAAAACGACUCUAAUCGAGGCCAUCCUGAGACGGCCCAUCGUGCGUGAGCAGGACGUUGUGGAGCUGUUUGGGCGGAAGAAAUACAUUAACAAGGAUUUGACCACACAUCACAGAAAUGUAGAAGUAAGAGUAGCGGACACGUGCAGCUUAACGAAGCAACACCGAUUCAGAGGGGAGGACACUUACCACGAUGAAGACAAACAAGUCUUUACAAAUAUACACAAAAGCGACCUAUGUGUGUACGUAAAGGAAGCCAAAGAAAAUAGCAUAAGUGUAAGUAAAGAGGAUAAGAAAAUUAUGUUUUACCUUUUGAGGAAAAAAAAAAAUAUUAUCGUCGUGGUGACUAAAAUCGAUACCAUCCUAACCAAAUUUGAAGAAAAAAAAAAUGAAUUCCUGUCGUCCUUCUCGUCUUCCUUCCAUGACAUCCCGGUGGUCUUCCUAAACCCAAACAAUCACAUGCAUGUGCAGACUUUACUUAACCGGAUGGUUCAUAUACAUAAGAUGAGUCAUGUACGUAUCCCCACUUCAACCCUAAAUCUGUUUUUAAUUAGGUUCCUUCAAUUAUUUCCUAUCCCUUGGGUAAGGAAAAAGAAAUGCAGCUUCAAGUACAUUAGACAAGUCAGUAGCAACCCAGUUACCUUCCUCAUCUUCACCAACCUCUACCAGAAAAUUCCGAACAAUUAUUUGUCGUUUUUUAAAAAAAAAUUAAAAGACGAAUUUCAUUUGAGGAGCGUGAAUAUUCAGUUGAUCUUUCGUACUACUUGUGAUAAUUCAAACGCCAGGCGCAGUCGGUUUGUGCGCGCUGGGGGAAAGACCACGUAA